UUCGUGUGAGGACAUUAUGCUAAUGUCCAUGAUGUCAGUCGGACUAGCGGGUAAGUUCUAGUUCUCGUCCUCUGGGCGGACCGUCGGUGAGUGUACUGUACGCGUGUAGAUAUAAAAGAGAAGGAAUAGCGCAGAAAGACAGAACAGUUGCUACAUGUAAUUGUAGCUACAGUGUAGCUAGUGACCGGAAGUGGGCUAUACGCGUCUCUCCCGCUCGAAUCUAUAACAAUGGCUAAGAGCGAAGCGCUUCCCGAGUUGUCUCUGGAACUGUGGGAGAAAGGAUGGGUGAUCUGGUCGCAGCAGCGCAAGCGUGCGCGCAUGGCGCAGUUUAUUAUCGACCAUCUGAAGCAGAGCAGACUUGCACAGUGGAUUGACAUCACGAAGGGCAAGUUCCAGCUGUGCAACUGGCAGGACUUGGCGCAGGAGUGGUACAGCCAGAAGGAGAGAGGGUCGGACAUCACGGACGCGACGAGCAUGCUGAGGAAGGGACUCCCUCGUGCAUUUCCCGGUCUCGUCGAGAUCAAGUCGGAGGCGGUGAAGGAGGGCACGCAGUAUGUGAAGAGAGUAUUCCAGGCUAACGACAUCUUGUUGCAUGAUGUGUUGCGUUGUGCUCUACAAGCUGAUUUCCACCACCAGGAUGUCCCGAGCUCGUCGGGAGAUGAUGAGAAGCAGAUCUUGCAUGGUAGCAUUCGGCACACUCAGUCGGCCGGCGCUCUCAUUGGUUCUAUGACAACUCAACCCAAGAUGUAUCAUGGCUCAUUUUCUCAGCCUUCAUUGCCUCUGACUCACGGAUUCAUUCCUGGACAUCCCGGUCUCCCUCUUGCACUUAGCCCUCAGAUCGGGUCCGGGUUUUCGAUGCAACAAGAGGGAGACAUAGCGUUCUCGGACAUUCCUUUUAGUCAACACUUUUCAAGUCUGAUGAACAAGCAGGGGGUAAACGUGAACAGUCCGAUGAUGACCGACUACCAACUGGCUUCAGCUGAAUCGAGCAGCGUAGCCACAACACGUACAUGUCAUGCAGACUCAACGUGGAGCACAGACAGCGCGAUUGAUUCUAUUGAUACAGACGAGAUACUGCGGGCAAGCUUAUCUCCGGUUACUCAAGUCCAGAGCCCAGUCACAGUCACUUCAGGACAAUCGCCCUAUCGGCCACCACCAUUCGGCGGUUGCCUCACAAACGAUCUCUACAAUCCGGCGUUUACUGCCGACUGCUACAGGACAGGGAUGAGUCCGAUACCCGAUGAAGACGUAUCCACCCUGGCCGAAUCUGUGUCCACACUGAGUGACUCUGUGAAUGACUCGAGUUAUCCGGUUACUCCACAGCCCGAUCAAUCACAAAUCCAAGUGAUGCAAAUCAAGUUGUCACCAAAGAGAAGCCCCCUUAGUGGAGGCGAACCUAUUUACUUGUUUGCAGCAGGAAACGAGCCUUUUCCUGACGGGCCAGUCACUCUCAUCUUUUUCUCUGUUGCUCAGCAGAUGGCGCACGAAGUCGAGAUGAUGAGAGCGAACCCGUUCACAUACAUGGGAGCCAUUCCAUCUCAUUCUCAUGCCGAAAUUGUCAAUCUCCACGUUGUCUUUGAUGGUAUCCCGGUGUUGGAAGAUGAGUUUGAGUAUUAUGAUGCCACGCCCCCACCGUCUGACUUUUUGACGGGCGAUGUUCAUCAGCAGUUGUCGCAGCUUCACUUUCUGUUGGGUGAGGUUCUGCAGACGGCAAACAUGGCGAGUGGAAGCGGCUCUGGAGGUGCAGUGUCACAGCAACAGCUAUCCGUCAUGUUUCAACACUUACAAAGUCUACUGCUGUUCGUUGCUCGUCUGGGUGUACCAUCUCUUGCUCGUCUCCUUCUUCAGCUUCCACACUCCGGAACUGCACUACAAGGAAAAGGCAGCGACGGUUUACUACCAGAAGAAGUGGCCAAAACUCACGGACAUCUCACUCUGGCACAAUGCAUGCAAAACAUCAGGGAAAGGGCUGAAAGUGAGUCGGAUACAGACAUUGAGGAAAUACUCAGCGUGUUGGGUCCAACAGUCACCAAAGCUUCAGAUUACAUUGUGGCUGUUGUGUCUGCUCUUGUUCGUGAACAACGAGCUGCAGCUGAAUUGAAGCGUUCGACGACACCGGAAUCUAAAGAGAAAAGUCGACGUACAGUUGAGGAGCAUUGCAUUCAGAAGGUAGUGAGAUCACAUCUCACCAAAGUGCAAGAGAAGAAAUAUGCAGAAGUGGUGAAGGACAGAAACAACUUGAAGACAGAAUGUGCGACUAGACAGAAACACGAGCAAGAGCUGGAGCAAGAAAACAAAGAGCUGAACAGCCAAGUGAUGAGCGUACAUUGCGACAGACUUAACCUUCUAAAGUUGGUUGCAAGAUGGCAGAUGAAGGGCAAGGAAUUGCUUCAAUACAUCUCGAGUUGUAGGAAAUUAGAGGCUCAGGCUUCGACGAUGAGAGAGCAGAAGAAGCAGGCAAUAGAAGAGAGAGACGAAGUAAGGAAACAAAUCGGGCAGUUGCAGGAGGACAAGGGAGCAUUGAAGGAAGAACUGAAUCAAGUACGGAAAGCGAACGACGAGCUGAUGGAAGAAAGAGAGACGAUGAAGGAGAGCAUGCAAGAAGCAGAGGCUCUACGACAGAAGUACAGCCAGCAGAGCGAGAGAGAGCGGCCGAUGGACGAAUGGAAGAAAUUACUAGCAGACAACAAGAAGUUACAAGAAGAAUGUCAUGAGAUGCGGAUGGCACGAGACAACAGCUCGGGAACGAUCAGCACACUUGCUCAAGAUUGCGAGAGCCUGAAGGCGCAGGUUGUGAUGCUGAAGAACGAGCUGAAGGCGUGGAAGGACGAAGCUGAGAAGAUGUGUGUGGAGGACGAAGAUGUUGUUGAUCUUCCGUCGCUUGCUAUUCAUCCGUUGCCGUCGGAAGCUGAGACUGACUCUGCGGUUGGCACUUACGAUGGACAAUCGAUCGGCAGCUCGAUGUUGUCUGACAGGUCGUCUGUCUGGUCUACUGGUAGUUCUGCUCUGUUGGGUGAGACGACUACUACUGCUACAGGACAUGAACGACCAAGGGCCCCUAGGCAGUUGACGCGUAUUCCAUCUUUGACCAAAAGCAAACCUACCAGACAUGUGAACUUAGGAAAAGCAAGAGCUCUUGCUGACCUUGGACUGCAAAUUGAGCCUGCCUACCAUAUUACUAAUGUUAUAGUGGGGCAUUCACAAGAACUGCAACCUGGAGACAGAAUUAUGGAGAUUAACGGCCAGCCAGUUCAGGCAGCCAGUGUGAAAGACCUCAAGAGGCAGCUCGAGUCAACUCUAAAGAAAGGAGAUCUCAAACUUCUAGUUCAGUCGCCAUUUUCAACGCCAAGCCACACUGCAACAGACACAAGAACUUCAUUACCUGCACAGAGACCUCGCAGUCUUGGUUUUCAGAAGCAAGGCUCGGACACAUCACUGCAGAUCCAGAAGGGCUCGACUAAGAGUGAUGAUGCAACAAAGGGCACGUUGUCUCCUGCUGUUUCAGUUCCGUUUGAUGAAAAACUUUCAGCUCCUCGUACGAUUGUGAUACGCAAGCAGGAGAGCGGCAGUCUAGGAUUGAAAGCCAACGGAGGCAAUGCAGUUGGCAUAUUUGUGGCAGCUGUUAGCGAGUCAGCCGCCAGUCGAGGCUUGCUUAGGAUGGACCAAUUGCUUGAAGUGAAUGGCAGGGAUGUGAGGCAUGCCACAACAGAAGAAGUAAUCUUGUUGAUCAAGGACAUCGGCAAUGAUCAGACAAUGCAGGACGUGACUGUUGUUGUGCAGUAUAAUCCACACAAGUAUCAAUGUCUGAAACAAAAUCUAAUGCAACACGACUCAUUCUACAUUCGCUGUCAGAUGCCUGUGCUGUCCUUCCAUGCAAACGACCUGAAGAUCAACUUUGGUGACAUCCUGCAUGUCACUGACUCGUGGCAGUCUGAAAGCACAUACCUUGCAUGGAAAGUGAAUAAUGAUGGAACAGAAUCUGUAAAGGGAACUAUUCCUAACGCAACAAAAGCAUGUGAAUCAAGAAGACAUGCUGAUGUGAAACCGUACCAGAGAGUUAGUUGGCAGAAAGCUCACAUUUCACGACCCGUUGUGAUCAUUGGAAAGCUUGCCGGUGCUGUUAGAGCUCAGUUAUUGCAGGCAGAGCCUACUCUCUUUGAGAAGUGCAUCACAAGAACAAAUAUGGGCGAUGCUCGUGAGCUACGUUCACAAUUUGAGAGGCUGAAGCUGGUGGAGUAUACGCAGAAGCAAGAGAGCGAAUUUGUUUGUGUGACUGUUGAUGAUGUCCAGAAGGUUGCUCAGCAGCACAAACAUUGUCUACUCGACGUCAGCAUGUUUGCCAUUUCUCGACUCCAAGCUGUCGACCUUCCUCCCAUCGUUAUUUCUCUCGAGUCAAAGUCUUCUACUACUCCAGUGCCAGACUUACAGGAUACUCAUGCAAUAAUUCGUGGUGAUGACAUCAUCGAUCUGUCUCAGAGAGUCUCUAGAGCUGUUGCUCACGAGCAAUUGCAACCCGUCUGGCUGAGUGUAUGACAAGCAGACUUUCGAUAGAAGAAUCAGGGUUGAGAUCGGUUUUCAUUAAUUUGAAUUUUUAGUUUAUAUCAACUGUUUGAUUAAUAUCAAUUUAUCAAGUUUAGUAGAAAUUUAGACAACACAGGUUUAUCAAACAUUAGCUGGUUAUACCGUAGUUUUGAGUAAGUUGUUAUUGUAUCACAGGUUACAGUUUUCAUUUGAACUGUUUAUUUGAUUGA